UUCCAUUAAAAUCUGGACUUAGAAACUCAAUCCACAAAAGGACAAAACUCAGUUCUGUUUUUAUAGAAUAAAAAAAAGGUAAAUGAAAAAGAAGAAAGAAAUUUGCUACUGGAAGUUUUCAGGCUUUUACUGCAAAACCCCACUAUUUCUCAUGCAUAGUUGCAGACGCCUCUCUUUCUCUCUUUAAAAGGCACACCCAACAACAAAACUCCAUCCUUUAAGCCAAAGAUCUUUUCUUUUCUUUUUCUUUUUGCCCUUCUACCCUUUCUCUCUCUUUUGCAAAGUAUUGCAAAUUCGUGGCGAUUUAGCAGGGCUCAAUAAAGAAGGCGUUGGCAGAGUUAAAUCGAUGUCAAGAAUGAGAGCCCACUAACAGAAAGCAAAAGUUCAGACAUCAGAGAGAGAAAGAGAGAUAGUGAAGCUUAUCUUUCUAUAUAUAUUUCAUUUACUUGAUGGUAAUGAUUUUUGUUUCAUAGGGAAUAGCAAACAUUUAUGCUCCAUAUUUGCCUGAAACACCCAGGACUGUAGAUAGUUACAGUUCUUUGGCAGUAAAAAAAAAUGGCAGAGCAGUUGUUGGUGCCUGCUCUUGAUCAUGUGCUUUGCACGCGGGAUAUUAUGAUGGGCAUCGAUUCUUGUCCUGUUGAUGCAGUUGAUCAAAGAAACUGAGACCAAGGACGAGAGAAAUAGGGAAACCAAGUUUUUUUGUUUAUACGUUUCUUUUUUACUGUUCUGUCAUGGAGGCUACAGAGAUUUAGGAAGCAUUUCAAUUUCCUAGAGUAUGCGUUAGUUUAAUGAAAUAAUAAUAAAAAAAAACUUGCAUGGAUUUGUGUGUAAGGUUUGAGAGGUAUUUGCAGUAGAAUUUCAGCAGAAAAAAAGAGAACUCCUUUUCUUUUCUUUUCUUUUUUUCUUUUAAAUUCUGUUACCUACUUUUGAACGUCUAAAGGUGGAUUUUUGUGACUAGCGCAAGCAGCAAUCCAUGGUGGUGUGACAUUAAUCAUUUCUAUUGCUUCAUGUUACAAUUUUUGGGGGCUGAUAUAUACGUAUGAUAAGAGGUAGUUAUGCUAAAGAAUAGGUCCAGAGCAGUGACCAGCAAGCAAGCUUUAAUGGCUGAUCACGGCUCUCAAUCAUUCCCUGCUCAUAAUUACACUAAACCAAUCUCAUCUUUCUUUGGUUCUCCAAGAUUUAAAGCUUUCACUACAAAAGGUCUCACCGAGACUGAAGCUGUCAAGAGUCCUACUUCAAUCCUUGAUAACAAACCAUUGUUUCCUUUUAGUAACCCCUUUGGUUAUGAUAUUAACCAGCCCAAAUCCCCAAAAGUUUUCUCACCUAAUAACAAACAGCACUCACCCGAAAAAUUAGAAUCAAAAGGUAUUGGUCUUGCUCUAGUCGAUACACUCAAUGAUAAGCCAGUUGAGGAUAAGAGUUCUAGCGAGACAAGUAACAAAAAAGUCUUGUUUGGGACCGAGCUUAGAGUUCAUAUUCCUCCAGUCCCACCUUCUAUAGUUGCUCCAGCUCGUACUUCUCCAAAAUCUCCAAAUGAUUUUGGAAUCAAGACCAGGAAUUCACAUUUAUUAUCAGCAUUUGGCUCUCCCAAUUCUGGUAUUUAUAUAAAGGAUUCUCCUCGGGUCUUAGCUGGAUGUCUUCCUUUUAGGGAAAUGGAGAUGUCUGAGGAUUAUACAUGCGUGAUAUCUCACGGCCCUAAUCCCAAAACCACCCAUAUUUUUUAUAACUGCAUUGUAGAGAGCUGCUGCAGUGUAUCGGAUAAGCCCAAGUCCGCACCAGAGAGUUUCCUCAGCUUUUGUCACACAUGCAAGAAGAAUCUUGAACAGGAAAUUGACAUUUAUAUUUACAGAGGUGAGAAAGCUUUUUGCAGCCAAGAGUGCCGCCAUCAGGAAAUGCUCCUGGAUGGAGAGGAGAAUUAGGAAUUUCAUUACUGCUUGGAGAAAUUAUUUUCGAUUGCGAAUAAUUGGGAAACCAAACAUUGCUACUUCUUUUUUUCUUGGUAGUUUUUAGUUUUCUUUCUUUUUUUUUUUUUUUUAACUCCUCUCCUUUGCAUAUAGAGAUAAGAGAGGAUGAGAUCAUGUAGAUUUAUUAAAUUAAUUUUGUUUUGAGUAACUAUUUAUAUGAUUGCCAAUGGGCUUUCCCCCCUACAGUUCUUUUCUUUCCUUGGCUUUUCGAUAGGUGAUGAUGCAUAAUUGAGAACUUGCCUUUAUAUCUCUCUUUCUUUAUUUUUUCCCCGUUCACAUCAAUCACCCCACCUAUAAUUUAAACAGGCAAGACCAAUUAUUUCACUAAUGAAGAUUUUGAAACUAUUGAUACCCAUCUCUGUCUAUUUUGGUUGAGAAAGAAACAUCUCAAGGAAAUAUUAUUCCAUGGAUUGGAAGUUUAAAAUAUAAAAACUGACUUCCAAUGAAACAGAUCCAAACUCUAAUCUCUUUUCUAUAUCAAUGCUUACAGGAGUAAAGCAAUUAAAAUAUAAGUAGUAGUUGGGAACUUUGAUUCAUUGUGCACAGAUAAGUCCAAAUAUUCAAAUUGUAACGGAGAGCUUUUUCAACGUGAAUUAUCAACCCACAUCAUUGCCAGGUCCCUUUUUCCCUAUCCUUUCACAAGGAAAAGGUAAU